AUGAGGACUCAAAGUAGACCGCCUGCUCCUCGUCAGCCAGUGCUGCGGAAGGUCCUGAGCUCUCUACCUACGGCGCGGGAGAACAUUUACACCCUCCCUAACCUGCUGACGGUCUCGCGCCUCAUCGCGGCGCCGUUCGUCGGCUACUGCAUCCUGCAUGACCAGCAUGCUUGGGCUCUUGGGCUCUUUGCCUAUGCUGGCAUCACUGACCUACUUGAUGGAUGGAUUGCAAGGCGAUGGAACCUCAAGACUGUCGUGGGGACCGUCAUCGAUCCCAUGGCGGACAAGACGCUCAUGACGAUCUUGACGGUUACCUUGGCUAUGAAGGGUGCUUUGCCUGUGUGGCUGGCCGCCAUAAUCCUCGGGAGAGAUGUGGGCCUGGGCAUCGCUGCCAUCUACUACCGCUGGAUCUCCCUGCCGCCGCCAAAGACGUUUGUCCGCUACUGGGACUUCUCUCUGCCUUCUGCGGAGGUGCAUCCUACUACCAUCAGCAAGUACAACACGUUCUUGCAGCUGGCGCUGAUGGGCCUGACUACCAUGGCGCCCGUGGUCCCAAUGGACAUGGCGACGUCAUUAACAGCGAUGCAAUAUAUCGUGGCUACGACUACUCUGUGGAGUGGUGCAAGCUACGUCUAUACCAAGGACGCAGUGAAGAUUUUGUCUAAAGAUGAAGUCAAGGAGAAAGAGGACAAGAAGGAUUCAUGA